AUGGAGUCGCCCGGUGCAUAUCCAGAGUCCCCUCUGGACCCAGAUGACGUUGUCUACCCUUGCAAGAACUGCGGAGAGAUUCUGGAAGAGGGCAAGGCAUUCGAACUAGCUGGGAACCGAUGGCAUAUCGAUUGCUUUCGCUGCAAUACCUGUGGCACUCUCCUCGACUCGGAUGCGAACCUCCUCCUCCUCGGCGAUGGCUCCCUCAUCUGCAACAACUGCACAUACAGCUGCAAUCACUGCGGGAACAAGAUCGAGGAUCUGGCAAUCCUCACGGGGGACCAGGCAUUCUGUGCCAACUGCUUCCGCUGCAGGAAUUGUAAACGGAAAAUCGAGAACCUGCGCUAUGCGCGCACGUCACAGGGCAUAUUCUGCAUGUCGUGUCAUGAAUCGCUUAUGGCUCGACGUCGUAAAAAGUCCAAGAAAGCCCCUCCAGCGUCAACUGGGGCUAUAUUCGACAAGUCUCUACCUGCAUUGCCGCCCAGUGCCCUUCCGUCGAGCACAUUCACCCCCGACAUGGAUACCCCCUCGUCUGAACAGUACUCGGAACCACCAACCACCGACACUUCUCCCCGACCGCGUGGCUCCAGUAUGCGGAAAGACUCUUCCCCUGGCACUUUCCGCAGAGAUGCUUCUCCUGCGUCUCUUGAGGCGCCGAAAGGUACAACCCUCCCCGCAAGCACCUACAAGGACCCCAAACAAGCCGAUCCAUCCGACAACGGCGACGAUGGCAUUCUCCUCCCGUUUGCACUUGACCCAACAGUCGUUCCAGGGCCGUCCCCGCUUGGCCAGUCUCGCAAAUUCAAUGAAGGCCCGGUGGAGGCUGGCCACACCAGGGGACAGGACUCCAAAACCGGGAGAGAUUAUUUCAAUCGGCCAUCGAACACAUCGCAUCGCGAUAUGCUCAAAGAGAAUAGACCAGGCUCGUCCCGAUCAGCAUCAACUGAGAGAGACCGCCCGUCGGCGAAGCCUUCACCAGCGGCAGCGAGUCCCCACAUUGCAUAUCAGGAGAAGGGGCGUGCGACUUCAGAUAACCUGGUGGAGUCUGUUCGGAAGCGGAAGGAGCCAAUGCCGCCGCCUUCGUCCACCGCGUCGCCUAUCAUUGGGAAUGACCGGUCGCGUACGCAAAUGGCGAGCCCACAAACAGCAUCUUCAAGCCAGAGCGAUGCAUUCAAGUUGCAGGAAGUGCCUAAAAAUAAGAAAACCGCAUCUAGAAGCGGCUCGAGAUCGGAGCUGCGGUCUUCAUUGCAAAAUUCACCUGCAGUAGAUGCGGCAGGCAGGACGCUGAGUCCACAGCUUGAAGGGUCGUCGCUGUCGUCUUCACCUGUGGCUACGGAUUCGCGGGCUCGCGAAGAGUCGACAUCUUCGCAGGCCUCUUCGUACAGCUCAACACAGAAAGUGGUGGAGCGGCCAAAGCGGGAGGACUCUCUUAAGCCGGGACUCGCGCGGAAAGAUGCCCCUUCCAAAUCCUCGCCUUCCACGCCCACUGCCCCAGCGCAUGAGCGGAAGAUAUCUGCUGGGGGAGUUAGGUCGCAGAUGAACGGCGGUUACACCAUCUCCAGUCCCAUUGAGUCCCCAACGUCAAAGAGCAUCCUCAAUACGCCCGAUCCGCCCUCUCGGUCCGCUGACCGCCCUGGCGCAGGGCAGACCGGCGACAAUUUCACCUCACCUCGCGCUCCGCCCGCUCCACCACCACCCCCACCCCACCAACACAGGAUGAAUGAUUCUGUCAGCACGGUGCAAAGCGACCACACCCAUGGCUUCGCCUCUGCAGGCCUCCCGCGGUAUAGUACCCAAGGCGACUUUUCAAUGGACGAGGACCUAGCUCGAUUGUUGAUGAGCCAAGAGCACGGCGACAAAGAUCCGUCUGUGCUGCGACGGGUAGGGUCUCGAGUGUCGGCUGGCGGACAUAAGAAGUGGCCCGCCAACGGGUCGAUCGACCUUAUAAGCAGCCCCACCAUGCCCUCCCCAGACUCCAAGGAAGAGAACUCCAAUCUGCGAAACGAGUUGCGGAGAGCCCAGCAAAGAAUCGCGGAACUGGAAGCUGAGAAGAAUGACUUGCGCGAGACUGUCAACAACGCCUCGGACCUCAAGCAGGCCAACACUAUGCUAAGGGAAAAGCGGAACACAAUGGCGGUCCUGGAUACCCAGCGCGAAAUGGUUAUUAGAGAGCUAGAAAUCAUGACCGACCAUUUGAAAAAGGCCAAGGAUAACAACCAAUCCUUGGAUAUCAAGGAGCUCAAGUCGGACAUUCUGCGAGACUUUGGGGCUUCGCUCCAAAAAUUGAAAGACCAGCUUGGAGGACAAAUCGAAGAGCUGAUCACGAGACGGACGGAUCUGACUAACGAAAUUUCUAAUCUUAUCCAGAUGAAGGACAAAGGGUUCCAAGAGUACGAGUCUCUGAGCGCCCAGAACACGAAGCUCUCGAACAUGAACCGGGAUUUGAUCGAAACCAUUCAAAGGUCUCUAAAAGAAAACAAGCACCACAAUGGAAGCAACUCCAUUGAUGGCGGACGGCCUGCGAACGGGCUCGGGAUCUAUCAUGCUCAGCAAAAGGGCAAACCCGACUUAUCCAUGGAUUUACACGCAAUCACACACGAGCAUUCUUACUCGAACCUGAUCCAAGAGGCAGAUGCUGAAGCAACAAUGGUUUCCGCGCCUCAGGUCGUCAACAUCCGCAAGGGGAAGCCGAAUAAGUUCAAUUGGAAAAAGGGCGGUCAAGGCCUCGCCAAGAACGUGACUAAGGGCAUCAAGGGCGCCUUUGCUUCUGAAAAUCGCCGUGAAGACCAGUACAACAUCAACGUCAUUGGGACACCUUACGGAUCGAUACCUCCAUCUUCGGAUACUUCCUCGAUGGCAUCCGCCGCCAGAACAAGAGACGAGGCUGCCAGAAACGAGGCCGCCAGAGGGUGGUUCUCACAGAAGGGAGCUCCCGGCAAGCCGGACAGGUUGCAGAAGACUUCACAAAACAACAACAGCAACACCAACUUGGCCGGAGAGCACAGUUCAGUUUUGUUUGGCUCUGAUCUGACGGCUCGAUGCGACUUCGAGAAACGAGUUAUUCCUAGUAUUGUGACUCGAUGUAUCGAAGAGGUUGAAUUGAGAGGCAUGGACGCCGAAGGUAUUUAUCGGAAGAGCGGCGGCUCCGGCCAAGUUAAUAUCGUGCGGGGUGGGUUCGAGAAGAGUCCCGACUACGACAUCUCCGACCCGGAUUUAGAUAUCCACGCUGUCACAUCUUGUCUGAAGCAGUAUUUCCGGAGAUUACCUGUACCGUUGAUCACUUACGAUGUUUAUGACCAAUUCCUUGAAGCAGGGCAAAUGCAAGAUACCCAGGAAAAAGCGAACUCGAUUCUGGCAGCGGUUAACGAAUUGCCACGAGCCCAUCGCGAUUGCCUCCAAUUCCUCGUAUUUCAUCUUUCCCGGGUUAUUCAGCAUGAAAUGGAGAAUCUCAUGACUCCACUCAACCUUGCUGUGGUUUUCGCACCUACCAUCAUGCGCCCGAUGACUCUGGAGCGCGAAAUGACCGACGUGCAGCAACAACGUGUGGCUGUCCAAGCGCUACUUGAAAACCACAAGUUCGUCUUCUCUGAGGACUAA